AUGAGUAGUACAAGUAUUAUUUCAACAAUAUCUUCAAAUGAGAAUUUUAAAGUGAAAAGAAAACAUAAUAGUCAGGAAAAUUCAUCAUGUUGUGCACGAUAUUGGUUUAUAAUAAUCACUAGUGUACUUUCACUUUUUCUCGUGAUUGCAUCAGUUCUAUUAACAUAUACUUUAAAUAAGCAAGCUGAACGUGAACAGAAACGUCAAAUUAUUAAAAAUGAAUUUAAACGUAAACAUCAAGUGACAAACAAAGUCCUAGAUAAGAUCAUGAAGGAUGGACUUGUCUACAAAUGGAUAAAAUCACAGAAAGGUUCAAUUGCAACAACAUUUAAAGAAUUAUUUACAGAUAUAUCUGAAACACUUUUCGAUAGUUAA